GGGCUGUAAGUGGCGAGGGUAGUGUAGGGUUUGCUGUCUGAACGUUGGAGUUGACAGAAUUACGGCUGCGUUGAAUUAAACCUUCGAAAGUUCUUUGCUGCCGAGAAAAUUUAAAACAAGCAACUGGAGAAAAAGUUUGCAAACUCUUUGGAAAAGUUUGUAGCAACCUUCCAAGGUUCUCUGCUGUCGAGGAAAGUUUAAAAGUCUUUGGAAAAAAUGUUUGAAAACUUUGGAAAAAGUUUUGCAACAACCUUGGAAGGUUUUGGAAAGAGAAUUUAAAGGAAGCCUUUUAGUUUGAAAACCCUUUGAAAAAGUUUGCAAACAAGCUAUGGCUGUUUAUACCCUGACUAGCUUCUCCUUGAUGAGUUUGCUGUCUUUUGGCUACUUGUCCUGGGACUGGAUGAAACCCGACUCGAGCGGGAAGAAGGCGGCAGUGGCGGACGGGGCCGCGGGCAAGCCCCACAUCAUCUUCAUCCUGGCGGAUGACCAAGGCUUUCACGACAUAGGGUACCACAACCCGGAGAUCCGCACCCCGACUAUGGACAGGCUGGCGGCGGAAGGGGUUAAGCUGGAGAACUAUUACAUCCAACCCAUCUGCACCCCUUCCAGGAGUCAGCUUAUAACGGGAAGGUACCAGAUCCACACGGGGCUCCAACACUCCAUCAUUCGGCCGAGACAACCCAACUGCUUGCCCCUCAACCAAGUGACCCUGCCCCAGAAGCUGCAGGAAGCGGGCUACUCCACCCACAUGAUUGGCAAGUGGCACCUGGGCUUCUACAAGAAGGACUGCCUGCCCACCAGGAGGGGAUUCGAUACGUUCUUCGGGACGCUGACCGGGAGCACGGACUACUACACGUACGACAACUGCGACGGCCCUGGGGUGUGUGGCUUCGACCUCCACGAUGGGGAGAACGUGGCGUGGGAGUACAGCGGGAAGUACUCCACUUUCCUCUACGCCCAGAAGGUCGCCAAGAUCUUGGCCUCGCACAGCCCCAAGGAGCCGUUGUUCAUCUACGUGGCCUUCCAGGCCGUCCACACCCCCCUGCAGUCCCCCAAGGAAUACAUCUACCAGUACAGGUCGUUCGGCAACGUGGCGCGUCGCAAGUACGCCGCCAUGCUCACCUGCAUGGACGAGGCCAUCAAGAACAUCACCCUGGCCCUCAGGCGGUACGGUUACUAUGACAACAGCGUGCUGAUCUACUCGACCGAUAAUGGGGCCCAGCCUUUCUCUGGGGGUAGCAACUGGCCUCUGCGAGGUCGGAAAGGAACGUACUGGGAAGGAGGGAUCAGGGGGGUUGGGUUUGUCCACAGCCCCCUGAUCAAGAAAAAGAGGAGGGUGAGCAGGUCGCUGGUGCACAUCACCGACUGGUACCCCACCCUGGUAUCACUGGCUGGGGGCAACCUGACCGAGAGUCCCCCGCUCGACGGGUUUGACCUGUGGCCCACCAUCAGCAGGGGGAAGAAGUCGCCGCGGAAGGAGAUCCUGCACAACAUUGACCCCUUGCACAGUCCGGCCAAGUCCGGCUCCUGGGCGGAAGGUCGGGGUAUCUGGAACACGGCUGUGCAGGCUGCGAUCCGGCUGGGAGACUGGAAAUUACUGACCGGGGACCCUGGCUACAGUGACUGGAUACCCCCGCAGACCUAUCCCAGCCUUCCCGGCACCUGGUGGAACCUGGAACGUCAGAGGCUGGGUCACCGCAGGACGCUGUGGCUCUUCAACAUCACGGCCGACCCCUACGAGCGGGAGGAGGUGUCCGCCAAGCACCCGGCCGUGGUCAGGAAGUUGCUGGGGAGGCUGGCGCACUACGACAAGACCGCCAUCCCGGUGCGUUACCCGGCCGACGACCCCCGGGCGAACCCAGAGUUCAACGGGGGCGCCUGGGUGCCCUGGGCGAGCGAGGACGAGGAGGAUCAGUGGGCCAAGGGCACGGUCAGGGAGAAGACCAAGAAGAAGUCUUGCAAGAUUUGCAAGCUGAAGUCUUUCUUCAAGAAACUAAACACGAGGAUAAUGUCCAAUCGGAUCUAGGAAGAGCUGUGGUCCAUCGAUGGGGGCCCAUUGACCCAACGCUGGGAGCUGACUGGGUGCAAGGUGGACCUUAGACAGUGCCGUGAGGUGCUGAACACAGAUGCUGGCCACUCUGCACGGAUGAAGCAUCCUUCCCCACCCACCCCACCCAUCCCUCCCCCCCUCACUGGGUGGUGCAGUGGUGCAGCCUCACCUCUCCAGAUACCUGGGUUCGAUUCUGACCUCUGUUGCUGUUCUGGGUGGAGCUUGCGCAUUCUCCCUGUGACCAGGUGGGCAUUUUCCCCUGGUGCUCUGGUUCCUGUAGACGCAUGGUGCGGGUUGGUGAGUUCAUUGGGCUGCUGUAAAUUGCCCCGGGUGGGUGAUGGGGCAAAUCAGGAGGUAGUUGAUGGGCUUGUGUGAGGGAAGGGGUCCUGUGGAAAUGAGCAACAAUGGACCUGUUGGAGGAACUCAGCGGGCCGAGCAGCAUCUGUGGGGGGAGGGGAAUUGUCAACGUUUCGGGGCAAAACCCUGGCAGACGGCAAUUCCUUCCCUCCCACAGACGCUGCUCCACCCGCUGAGUUCCGCCAACAGAUUGUUUGUUGCUCAAGAUUCCAGUGUCCUGCAGUCUCCUGUGUCUCCAGGAAUGGAACUGAUGGGACUGCUCUGAGUGCUAGCAUCAGCUUCGAUGGGCUGGUUGGCCUCCUUUUGACAUAGAUAAUUCAAGGACCUAGGAGGGUAAUAGAAUUGUGUAGAUUAAGGGUAUUGUAUAACCAAUCCAAAGCCCUGUGCUAACAAUUGUGAGACCAGAGUUCAGAUCCCACAGUGACACUUAAAUUGUUUAACUGAGUACUUCUGAAGUGGACCAACAAACCAAGGGUUCAGGGGCAACUGGGGAUGGGCAAUAACUGCUGGCCUUGAAAUCACUUGCACCAGAACCUUGGGAAAGAGUUGUUCCAACAAGAGAACUUAUUUCCUCUGUGGGAGAUCUUUGGUACCAGGCCAUUUGUAAGGCUCGGCUUGGUGGGUGGGAACCUGGAUCUCCCUUGUGUGUAAAGAUGUUAAUGUCGGGGGCUCAAAUGAAGUGAAAAACUGAGCCCUUGGUGCGUUAAGAUAAGAUUUCUUUAUUAGUCACAUGUACAUCGAAACACAGUGAAAUGCAUCUUUUGCGUAGAGUGUUCUGGGGGCAGCCCGCAAGUGUCGCCACACUUCUGACGCCAACGUAACAUGCCCACAACUUCCUAACCCGUACGUCUUUGAAAUGUGGGAGGAAACCGGAGCACCCGGAGGAAACCCACGCAGACACUGGGAGAACGUACAAACUCCUUACAGACAGUGGCUGGAAUUGAGAGUCUGUUUUGGAACCAGGAAUGGAUCUAAUUGAAUUGGGCAGAAUUAACAGUCGGAUGUAAAAGUGUGGAUUGAUCAGACAACCAGCAUGGAUUUGUUAAAGGUGGAUAUUCUUUGAAGUAGGAGCAUUGAUGAGGGAGAUGGAUUUCCAAAUGAAAUUUGAUCAGGUCACGCAUUCCUUGAUUGACAUGUUUGGUAUGCAUAUUUCUGUAUAAUACCAUAGACUCUUUGGAGUACGUGUCUGCGAGUUUUCUUUUUGCAAUAACAAAUAGCCCACCCCUCAUCAUGCACAAUGUCAUAUCCCAAAAUCCCCACGAUACAUUUUAGCUAGCCUUUUACAAUUUAUAAAAUGUGGUGGAAUUAAAUGUUUUUGAGGAACUUGCCUCUGUUAAAAUUUGGAGAAUGGCGUAAUUGGCUUGUCAAGAUUGAAGGCCAUGGAAUAAGGGGCUGUAGAAUCAAGGGGCGGAGUAAUAGUGGGGGGUUAUGUUCUGUACUGGAGCGAUGUGCACAUUGGGGUUCCCAGAGGCUGGGACAAGGGUCCCUGCUUCACGUAUGGUAACAUUUCAGAUGAAGGACAUUAAUAGACCAUGGGGAUAUAAACUGGAGUGGGUGAAGAGUUGGCAGGUGGAAUUUAAGUGCUGAGGAAAUGUGAAGUGUUGCAAUACUGUUGGGAAGAAUGAAAGACUAACUUCAAGAGCACAAGGACAAAGAUCAGUGGGUAUAUGUUCAUGGUUUGUUGUAAGUGGUAGGGAGGCUGAGAAAGUUUUAGAAUAACCCUAGGCAGGAUUGGGAGCACAUCGAUUGUCCAGCCCCCACAGAUGCUGCCUGACCCGCUGAGUUCCUCCAGCAGAUUACGUGUUGCUCCUGAUUCCAGCAUCUGCGGUCUCCUGCGUCUCCUUUGUGCUGCUCCACUGCGAAGUCUCUUCAAGGCUGUGGCCACUUUGAAGAAGUUCUCCACCUCUCUUCAGGAGUUGUGUGAGGCGCUUGCUCGCUGCUUCUACCCCA